AGACGAAACCGGCAUACAUUAUAUUCUACAGAAAAAAAACAAAAUUGUUAAGCCAAUCACCAUUUUAAGCCUAUAUAUAUAACAAUACCAAAGACUACUAGUCCAAUAAUUGCAAACAACUGAGAAAAAACAAGACAAGAAGAAGAAGAAGAAAAUAAGCUUAAACUUGAGAAAGUUUGAAAAGAAGCCGCAUGGUCAUUGGCUUGGGUUUUAUGGCAGCUGCUUCAACUAGUGUGGUCUCCAACUUUCCUUCUUUGGUCACCGAUCUUGCUGUCCGGUUCAGAUCGGAUGCCUUCUCCACCAAGAAUCCACCGGUUUCCGUUGUGUUCUCAGGUCGUCGGAGUUUGAAACCAAACAAUGCUUUUGUGGUUUCAAAUUCCACGGAAGUGACGAUCAGAAACAAAGAAAAAAUGAAAAUUCCAAGAACCAAAGAAAUUGUGAAGAAUCCGAGUCUGAUUUGUGCUCCCUUGAUGGCGAACUCAAUAGACAAAAUGGUGAUUGAAAUGUUCAAAGCCCAUGAAUUGGGUGCGGACUUGGUGGAAAUUCGAUUAGACGCUCUAACAGUUUUCAACCCUCUUGAGGAUCUGAAAACCAUUAUACAACAAUGUCCUCUACCAACUUUGUUCACCUACAGACCAAAGUGGGAAGGUGGUCAUUACGAAGGCAAUGAUAAUGAACGACAAGAUGUGCUACGCUUAGCUAUGGAGUUAGGAGCUAAUUAUGUUGAUAUUGAAUUUCAGGUUGCAAGUGAGUUCAUCAAAUCGAUUCAUGGAAAGAAGCCUGAAAAUUUUAAAGUCGUUGUUUCAUCGCACAACUAUAACGAUACUCCUAGUGUUGAGGAUCUCAAAGAUCUUGUUGCAAGAAUACAACAAACUGGAGCUGAUAUAGUAAAAAUUGUUACGACUGCUGUUAACAUCACAGAUGUUGCUCGCCUUUUCCAUAUAACCUCAAAUUCUCAAGUUCCCACAAUUGGAUUAGCUAUGGGUGAAAGAGGUCUAAUUUCUUGGAUACUAAGUUCGAAAUUUGGUGGAUAUUUGACAUAUGCCACUUUGGAGUCUGAAAAGAUGAACGCGCAUGGUCAACCAACGGUUAAUGAUCUAUUGGAUCUUUACAACUUUAGACAGAUUGGUACUAAGACUAAAGUAUAUGGAGUUGUGGGAAAUCCUAUUAGUCACAGCAGAUCACCUCUUAUAUACAAUCGAGGUUUCAAAACAAUUGGCUAUGAUGGAGUGUAUAUCCACAUGUUAGCCGAUAAUAUUGCUAGCUUUCUUGGAGCAUACUCAUCUCUUGAUUUCGUUGGAUUCAGCUGUGCAAUUCCUUAUAAGGAAGAUGCAUUGAAAUGUUGUGAUGAGGUUGACCCAUUAGCAAAUUCUGUAGGAGCUGUGAACACAAUACGAAGGAGAGAAAGCGAUGGAAAAUUGUUGGGUUACAACACGGAUUGUUAUGGUGCUAUUUCUGCUAUUGAGGAUGGCUUGCGUAGCUCUGAUGAUCCGAGCAAUGUUCCUUCGUUGUCGUCGCCAUUAGCUGGUAAAACAGUAGUGAUUAUUGGUGCUGGUGGUGCUGGCAGGGCACUUGCUUAUGGUGCAAAAGAAAAGGGAGCUAAUGUUUUUAUUGCUAAUAGGACUUACGAACGAGCCGUAGAACUCGCGGAUUCAAUUGGAGGCAAAGCCAUAUCGCUAGCGGAUAUAGAUGAUUUUCAUCAGGAAGAUGGGAUGAUUCUGGUCAACACCACAUCAAUGGGCAUGCAACCAAAUGUCGAUUUGACUCCCAUUUCCAAGCAUGCAUUGAAGCACUAUUCAUUGGUAUUUGAUGCGGUCUAUACUCCGAAGAUGACGAGACUCUUACGAGAAGCAGAAGAAUCAGGAGCCAAGAUAGUCGUCGGUUCGGAGAUGUUUGUCCGACAGGCGCUUGAGCAGUUCGAGCUUUUAACCGAUUUGCCCGCUCCAGAGGAACUCUUCAGGCAAAUCAUGACAAAGUACUAGAGAAGAGAUUUAGAAGGCUUGUGUCGGUCAUGUUCUUCUUGUUCCGCGCCCGUGGAGACCCGGGGCCUAUUCAAUAAAUUUUGGGAAUGCCAUAUUUUACCAGAAUGUGCGUUGUUGUAUCAUAUACUAAUUACCACUGACAAUGUAAUAAUUACAACAAUAAACGACACUGAAACUACAAUAAAUAAUAAUCCCUUAAAUUUA